CCAGAUUUUUAUAAUCUAUAAUCAAAAGAGAUAUAGAUUACUAGAAAACAAGAUGUGGAUUGAACUAUUUGAAUAUCCAAGCGUUUUAGCUGGGAUUGCAGCCUUCAUAUUUUGGUGCUAUUUACAAAGGAAACCAAAAAACUUUCCACCUGGUCCUCGAGGUCUGCCUCUUGUUGGUUACAUUCCGUUCAUGGCAAAGAAUCCUGCAGAAACUUUGAUGAAAUUGAAAGAGAAAUACGGAUCAGUUGUCUCUGUUCAAUUUGGACAAGAGGAUUGGGUCAUUCUGAAUGAUUAUGACACCAUUAACGAGGCAUUUGUAAAACAAGGAGAAAAAUUUUCCGGACGACCCUACAAUCUUUCAUUCGAGUUGAUAACCAAAGGACGCGGGUUCUUGACGCUGGAUUAUGGAUCCACAUGGAAAGCUCUGAGGAAAUUUGGCCACGUUACCACUAAGAGAAUGUUAGCGUUUUGUUACGCAUUCAAUCUAAACAAGUCUCUGUACAAUUUUCCGAUGCUGAGUAAAGACUUGAAUUUUUCAUGUUCCGCAUUGCCUACCUAA